CUCGCUGCAGAUGCAGAUAUACAGUAUGAACUGACACGCCGAAACCGUUAACUUUAGGAAAAUCAAGUACAUGUCCUCUUUCUAGUUGCAGUUGUCCGACAAAAGCCAUAGCUAUGGCGCGAGACUGCACUACACGAAGUUUGGACAAUAUUGACCUCUCUGCGUUGAGGGAUCCUGCUGGGAUAUUUGAGCUGGUAGAAGUGGUUGGAAAUGGAACAUAUGGGCAAGUCUACAAGGGUCGACAUGUGAAGACAGGACAGCUGGCUGCUAUCAAGGUCAUGGACGUGACAGAGGAAGAAGAAGAGGAAAUCAAGUUAGAGAUUAAUAUGUUGAAGACAUAUUCCCAUCAUAGGAAUAUAGCUACAUACUAUGGUGCCUUUGUGAAGAAGAGUCCUGCAGGUCAGGAUGACCAGCUCUGGCUGGUGAUGGAGUACUGUGGGGCGGGCUCAGUCACUGACCUAGUGAAGAAGACUAAAGGGAACUGCCUGAAGGAGGACUGGAUCGCCUACAUCUGCAGGGAGGUCCUCCGAGGCCUGUCUCACCUCCACUCACACCACGUCAUUCACCGUGACAUCAAAGGCCAGAACGUGCUGCUGACCGAGAAUGCAGAGGUCAAGCUGGUUGACUUUGGGGUGAGUGCUCAGCUGGACAGGACGAUAGGGAGGAGGAACACCUUUAUUGGGACUCCGUACUGGAUGGCCCCUGAGGUCAUUGCCUGUGACGAGAACCCAGACUCUACCUAUGACUACAGGAGUGACCUGUGGUCUCUGGGAAUCACAGCUCUGGAGAUGGCUGAAGGAGCACCACCCCUGUGUGACAUGCAUCCCAUGAGAGCCCUGUUCCUCAUUCCUCGCAACCCGCCCCCCAAGCUCAAAUCAAAGAAAUGGUCCAAGAAGUUAAUGACCUUUGUGGAGAGCUGUCUGGUGAAGAACUACCUCCAUCGUCCUGCUACAGAAACCCUCCUGAGGCACUCGUUCAUCAAAGACCUGCCCAAUGAACGGCAGGUCCGCAUCAUACUCAAAGACCACCUGGACAGAACCAGGAAGAAGAGAGACAAAGAGAGCCCAGAGUAUGAAUACAGCGGCAGUGAGGAUGAGGAGGAGGAGAUUAACGAAGAGGAAGGUGAACCCAGCUCCAUAGUGAACCUGCCGGGGGAGUCCACUCUGAGAAGAGAGUUCCUGCGUCUGCAGCAGGAGAACAAGAGCUGGUCAGAAGCCCAGCGACAGCAGCAGCAGCUCCGGGACCAGGAGAGGUACAAACAGCAGCUGCUGGCCGAGAGACAGAAGAGGAUCCACCAGCAGAAGGAGCAGCGCAGGAGGCUGGAGGACCAACAGAGGAAGCAGCUGCAGGAUUCUGGGUUCCAAUGGCCAGAGCUACAGGAGAUGCUAUGGAGGGAGGAAACUGAAGCUAAUGAGAGAGUUCUAUUGGAUGAGAGGAGCAAGAGAAGUGACAAGAGACAGCUGGAGGAUUGUGGCAGACGGAGGGUUGAUGUCGGAGGAAGGCCUGCAGGUCCUGUAGCUGAACAGAGGAGGACCGAGCUUCCACCUCCACAUCCUCAUCCUCAGCAGCAGCAGCAGGGUAAAAAGUUCCACCGCACGCUGCCCAAAGACCAGACGCAGCUGCUUUCACUUCAGCACAACCACAGGCACAAACAGAGGGAAACCCACAAGGCUGCUAGUGACACGCAUAACUGCCACGCAAAUAGCAAGCGCAAAGUGAUGGAGAUGGACAGGGGGAAGGUCUCUGACCGCUAUCAGGCCAACCUGAACAGAGUGCUGACUGGGACGCCCCUCCCCCUACACCCCAUCCCUCUCCCCCUGCAUGUCCAUACCAGACUGAGCUCUGGGAGCAGCUCCAGCCCCUGUACCCCUGCCAUGCAGAGGGCUGCCAUACAACAGAAUGCCAAUCUUGGCUCCAGUCGAGACGCCCCUCACAGCAGCUCUAUGUCUGACAUGGCCACCACUCCCAUGUCUCCUACGUUUGACGAUGUCUUCUGGGACUUCCCAAGCUCUGUGGAGCACCCACCAAAGGUUCCGGAGCGUACAACAUCCAAAUUCUAUUGCAAAGAGCUGAUGAGUCAUCACCGGACUGGGUCGAGUGGGGCCCCUCAGUCUCCUGUGGAGAAGGGAGGGAAGUCCAUGUCAUCUCAUGGCAGCUCCAGUAGCAGCUCCCAGUCAGGUUACUUCAAGCUGGAGAGCCCUCUGCUGCAGAGCCGUCUUCAGCAGUACAAGAAGUCUAAGGAGAUUUCUCCAGGAGCCCUACUUCAGCAACAUGGUUUCGGCCACUUCUCUGGGCUUAAGUCCAAUCUCAGUCCGUUUGUCAAGGCAACAGAGUACUCCUCUUCUAGCGAUGAAGUUGGGAGUAGUGAUGACGAUGAGAAAACCAGGUCUCCGUUGAGUAAUGGGAAAGGCAAGUUCUUCCGAGGAGCCCCUGAUGGGAUAGUCCUGCAGCCCCACCAUAAUCUCAAACAGACCCCGCAGAGCAGCAUGGCAUCAGGCCUUAAGAGUGGCCAGUCGCUACACAGGCCCAUGGCUGUAGGAUCAGAAUGCAAUGAGAAUUACCUUCUCCCUGAUCUCCUGCAGAAGAGCCCGGCCCAUGAGCCCCUGGCGCAGCACGGACCGCAUGACGUCAUCUACCCCCAGUCUCUGAGCAGACGAGGACCACAUUCUGACAAGCCUGUAAACAGUCCUCCAGGGAAAAGCAUCUUGUCCUCCUCCUUCACUCCCUUCAUCGAACACAGGCUGCUGCAGAUCUCUCCCCCUCAGAGCCCAGUGGGCCACAGUCCCACCAGUGGCAAGCCGCUUGCUAAUCAGGAGCCAAUCAGGAGAGAGGGCUACAGGAAGGGCUCCGUGGUCAAUGUGAACCCCACCAACAUCAGACCCCAGAGUGACACCCCCGAGAUCCGCAAGUACAAGAAGAAGUUCAACACCGAGAUCCUCUGUGCUGGCCUGUGGGGUGUGAACCUGCUGGUGGGGACAGAGAAUGGUCUGUGGCUGCUGGACAGGAGCGGUCAGGGGAAGGUCUACUCUCUGAUCAGCAGGAGACGCUUCCUACAGAUGGACGUUCUGGAGGGCCUCAACGUGCUCAUCACCAUCUCAGGUAAAAAGAACAAGCUGAGGUUGUACUACCUGUCGUGGCUGCGGAACAAGAUCCUUCGGAACGACCCAGAGGUGGAGAAGAGGCAGGGCUGGACCUCUGUAGGGGACCUAGAAGGAUGUGUGCACUACAAAGUCGUUCGAUAUGAGAAGAUUAAGUUCCUGGUGAUUGCCUUGAAGAAUGCUGUGGAGGUGUACGCAUGGGCUCCCAAACCUUACCACAAGUUCAUGGCUUUCAAGUCGUUCGGCUCGCUCCCCCAGAGGCCUCUGUCCGUGGACCUGACGGUGGAGGAUGGACAGAGACUUAAAGUCAUCUACGGCUCCCUGUCGGGCUUCCACGCCAUCGACGUUGACUCAGGGACACCCUAUGACCUCUACCUGCCCACGCAUAUCCAGGGUGUGAUCCGGCCUCAUGCCAUCAUCAUCCUACCCAACAGCAGUGGCAUGGAGGUGCUGGUGUGUUAUGAGGACGAGGGGGUUUACAUUGACACCUACGGACGCAUCACCAAGGAGACAGUGCUGCAGUGGGGAGAGAUGCCUGCAUCUGUCGCCUACCUGCAGUCCAACCAGGUGAUGGGCUGGGGAGACAAAGCCAUCGAGCUGAGGUCAGCUAACACAGGCAACCUGGAGGGAGUCUUCAUGCACAAGAAGGCCCAGAAACUCAAGUUCCUUUGUGAGAGGAAUGACAAGGUGUUCUUUGCCACGGUGCAGUCUGGGGGCUGCAGCCAGAUCUACUUCAUGACACUGGGCCAAAACUCCCUUUUCAACUGUUUUUAGGAAGAAGGAAGAAGAAAACAAAGGAAGAAGAAAAGGAUCAUUAUGUUGGCCUUUUGCUAUAUAGAGUCUUUUUGGACGUAAGUGGCUGUACAUAUUAUUUGCACUGUUUUAUAGAUAUUUUAUAUCCACUGGUCAUCUAUACAGUUUAAUGGGGUUUCAAUUUAUCUAGCCCUUUGCACUACGACCACUUUGGUAAAUGUUUGAUGUACAAUGCUUAAUUGUCACAGUCUAAUACAUUUGAAGUCUUUUAUUUUCAACAUUAAAUGGUAAAUGUUCGAUGGACAAUGCUUUAUUGUCACAGUGUAAUACAUUUGAAGUCCUGUAUUUUCAACAAUAAACAGAGAUUGCAUUUGAUUU